AUGGAAAUCUACACAACGAUCAUCGCCUUAUUCUUGGUCCUUCUACAAGUUGGUCAGUUUUCUGGAAUUUUUAAAAAUCUGAAAAUACUGUUUCAGGUUCAAUUUUCAGUGUGCCAAUUUCGAAUGAAGAUGCAAAUGCGGUAGUUACAAGUAACAUUGAGGAGUGAGUUUGGGUUUAAGCUUGCGGUUUAGGCUUAGGCUGACUCUUUAGGCUUAGGCUCAAGCUUGAAAAAUCUAAAAUUUUUGCCACGUUGAUUUUUGAAAAAAUACGUGAUUUUGGGCAGAAAUCAUAAAUUAUUUGAUAAAUAUUUCUAUUUAUUUCUGGAAAAAAAUGUCCGGAAAUUUUUUUUCAAAGAAGGAAAAAUUAGAAACCAAGCAAAAUUUCCGCUCCAAUUAAAAAUUCAUGAGAAAAAAGUGGAAGUGAUGUUUCUGAGAACAAAAAAAAUUAAAAAUCACGGAAAAAAUCUAGGCUCAAGCUUGAAAUAUAUGUAGGUUCAGGCUGAAAAUUUGAGCCUAAAAAUCAAAUUUAAAAAUUUAAUUUAAAAAGCCCGAAAUUUUUUUCACUUCCAUAAGAGUUUUGAAAAUUACAAAAAAGAAAAUCAGGUUUUCAAUUUCCUGAAAAUCUAAUUCUAGGCUUAAAUUCUAGUUUCAGUAUAGAAACUUAGAAUCUCUGAGCCAACCUCUCAAUAUUUUUGUUGCAGAUCAGAAAACGGUCGACUGAAACGUGGCGGGGGGCGUGCGUUUUACGGAUUCGCUAAUUCGAAAAGAGGUUCAGAUGUCGGAGUCGAAGGAUCCCUUCCAUACUUUCUGUAUCAAAAACGUGGAGGUGGACGAUCAUUUGGACACAAUAGAGAUCUCUACGGGUUAGUUCUGGCCUAAGAACUUCUGGAAAUUCAAUGUUUCAGACUUCAAAGCUGAAUUAGAAUACAUAAUUUUUGAUCCUCAAAACAUUUUUUGAAAGUUUCCAAAAUUGUUUAUUAGACUCCAGGGAGAUUUCCAAAAUUAUUUGAAAAAACUUUGAAACAGUGGAUUUUUAGAGAAAGGAAAAAAAGUUCUUUUAGAAAAUUAGUGAUUUUUUCCUUAAGUUAGGGUAAGUUAUAGAGGUUUUACGGUGUUCUUAUGAGAAUUUUAAAGUUUAGGAGUUCUUUAGAAGCUUUGGGUUAAUUUUUAAGGUUAAGAAGAAGUUUAGGGUUAUUUUUAGCGGUUUUAAAGUCAACUUGGAUUACCCUAUCUCAGGACACCUUAAAAUGACCUAACCACCUCUUAAGGUCACUAAAAGCAUCAUAAAAACCCCAAAUCUGAUUCAAGCUCUCCACAAAUUGUUGAAAAUCAUACCUAAUGCUCUCUAGGGUGAUUUUAGGUCAUUUCUCAUCAAUUUUCACCCAAAUUUUACCAAUUUCCUUGCAGAUUCGACAAAAGAGCCGGUGGUCGAGCAUUCGGCGGCUCCUGGUCUCCAUAUUUGGAACGAUUCAACGACUUCAAACGAUCCGCUGAUGGUUACCCGAUCUACUAUUCCGACAACUUUUUCUACUAA